AGGAGGUGGGUCGGAUUUAAAGAAACAGUUUGUGUUUGAGUCGCAGAAAAAAAUGGGUUAAGCCUUAUUUAAAGGCAUUGGUGUGGGAGAACGGUGUUUUUUUGAUGGGACAUAUUCCUCUGACAUAAGUAAACCAGAACAGUACGCAUUUUGAAGAAGAAAUUUUGAUCCAAAAGAUGCUUAAGCGUUUUAUAUUGGGAUGCACUGGAGGACAACUUUGUCACUUAACUUCGCAUGCUACAGCUUCAGUCUUGUGGGGAAAAAUACAGCAACCGCCCACUGCCACUUUGGUGGAUCAGCAGUAAAAAAGAAACGGAUUUUACCCUAUUUAUUAUUCGAUAACAAUGAAAAUGAACGCACUGUCUUCAUUUAUCAGGUUUGAAAAUCUUCAAGAACUGAAGAGAGUGUGCCAUUGGGGACCAGUUAUAGCCCUUACGGUUAUAGCAGUAUGUUCAACUAUGGCGAUUCUAGACUCUAUCCUUUGGUACUGGCCUUUGGAUACCACUGGGGGAAGCGUUAAUUUUAUUAUAUUGAUAAACUGGACUGUUCUUAUUCUUUACAACUACUUCAAUGCGAUGUUUGUUGGUCCUGGGUACAUUCCUCUGGGGUGGAAACCGGAAAGCCCAAAGGAUUGUAUGUGCCUGCAGUACUGUAGAGUGUGCCAGGGAUUCAAGGCACCACGGUCACACCACUGCCGCAAGUGUAACAGGUGUGUAAUGAAGAUGGACCAUCACUGCCCAUGGAUCAACAACUGCUGUGGCCACCAGAACCAUGCUUACUUCACCAGCUUUCUGAUUUUGGCCCCCCUUGGCUGCAUCCAUGCUGCUGUUAUUUUCAUUAUGACAAUGUACACGCAGCUUUACGACCGGAUAUCUUUUGGGUGGAGCUCUGUAAAGAUCGAUAUGAGCGCUGUUAAAAGAGAUCAACGCCCCAUUAUUCCCUUUGGGGUUUGUGCUUUUGCCACGUCUCUGUUUGCCUUAGGGUUGGCACUUGGUACAACCAUAGCAGUGGGAAUGCUGUUUUUCAUUCAGAUGAAAGUGAUCUUAAGAAACAGAACCUCAAUUGAAGUUUGGAUUGAGGAAAAGGCCAAAGACAGAAUACAAUAUUACCAAACAGAAGAAGAAUUUAUUUUCCCAUAUGACCUGGGAAGUAAAUGGGAGAACUUUAAGCAGGUGUUUACCUGGUCUGGGAUUCCAGAGGGAGAUGGCAUAGAGUGGCCUGUUCGAGAAAAAUGUGACCAGUACACUUUAACGAUUGAGCAGCUGAAACAGAAAGCUGAUAAGAGAGUUAGAAGUGUACAGUACCGUGUAAUAGAGGAUUACAGUGGUGCUUGUUGCCCUCUAAACAAAGGUGUGAAAACGUUUUUUACAACGCCCUGCACCGAAGAGCCUAGAAUCAGACUGCGCAAAGGAGAGAUGAUCUUUGCCACCAGGGGCCUAAAGAGGUGGAUGUAUGGAGACAAAGCACUCAAUGACGAACAAGUAAAAGCUGGAGUUCGUGUUAGAGGCUGGUUCCCAAGAAGAUGUGUUGAAAAAUGCCUUUAUGAUACAGUCAACGAUCUACCAGUGAAUGAAGAGAAAAAAGAUAGAUAAUUAUUAUUAGUAUCCAGGUAUAUAUCAUUGGGUGCUUAUGACAAUUGUUCUUGCAACAGAACAACCCCGUACUUGAACCUGCUUUUUUUUUUUUUUUUUUUUUUUAAAGUAUAGUUUUGGAAUUAUGCAAUUUGUAAAAGCAGUGUUUUCGCAUGCAUUUCAAUGUAUCCUUUGUACUGUGCAAAUACAUUUUUUUAAUUAUAUUUUGUAAAACAACCCUACGUAUUAUGCCUUCAGAUUUAAAACAAAA